UUCCGGAGCUGCCAUGAUUGAAGUGGUAGCAGAGCUGAGCCGAGGUCCUGUGUUUCUGGCGGGGGAGGCGCUGGAGUGUGUGGUGACAGUCACCAACCCCCUGCCCCCCACAGCCACUUCUGCAUCCAGUGAGGCUUUGGCCUGGGCCAGUGCCCAAAUCCACUGCCAGUUCCAUGCCAGUGAGAGUCGAGUAGCACUACCUCCCCCUGACUCCAGUCAGCCAGACGUCCAGCCUGAGAGCCAGACUGUCUUUCUACCACACCGAGGUGAGAGGGGUCAGUGUAUCCUUUCCACUCCACCAAAAAUCCUUUUCUGUGAUCUGAGGCUAGAUCCUGGAGAGUCCAAAUCAUACUCCUACAGUGAAGUGCUGCCCAUAGAGGGACCACCCUCCUUUCGGGGUCAGUCAGUCAAGUAUGUCUACAAACUGACCAUUGGCUGCCAGCGUGUCAACUCACCCAUCACUUUACUCAGGGUCCCUCUGAGGGUUCUUGUGCUGACAGGCCUUCAAGAUAUCCGGUUUCCCCAGGAUGAGGCUGUAGCCCCAUCUAGUCCAUUCUUGGAGGAGGAUGAAGGUGGGAAGAAGGAUUCAUGGCUAGCAGAGCUGGCUGGGGAGCGUCUCAUGGCUGCCACAUCCUGCCGCAGCCUCCGUGAGAAUCCUUUCACAAUUGCCCUCCCCCAUACCCCCAUAUUAUUACUGUCUCUGACAGAUUUUUCUAAUUGCCAUAUGCUUCUUGAGGAUUCACUGAUACUCAUCCCACAUUAUAAAGAAAAACCCCACCUUGGCCUCUGGCUCCCAGCCCUUGGUACUCCCCAGUGUGGACUCCAGGCUCAUAGUGUCCCAUUCUUCCCAGAUCUAUACAAUAUCAGUGAUGGCCGAGGAAAAGUUGGGACAUUUGGCAUCUUCAAAUCUGUAUACAGACUCGGCGAGGAUGUGGUGGGGACCUUAAACUUAGGGGAAGGAACUGUAGCUUGUUUGCAGUUUUCAGUAAGUUUACAGACUGAGGAACGUGUACAGCCUGAAUACCAGAGGCGCCGCAGGACGGGGGGUAUCCCCUCUGUCUCUCAUGUGACUCAUGCCCGGCACCAGGAGUCCUGCCUACAUACAACCAGAACCAGCUUCUCCCUCCCCAUCCCUCUCAGCUCUACCCCAGGCUUCUGCACAGCCAUUGUGUCCCUGAAGUGGAGAUUGCAUUUUGAAUUUGUAACAUCGCGAGAACCAGGGUUGGUGCUCCUACCUCCCUUGGAACAGCCUGAGCCUGUCACCUGGACAGGGCCUGAGCAAGUGCCCGUAGACACCUUCAGCUGGGACCUUCCAAUCAAGGUGCUGCCCACAAGCCCUACCCUGGCCUCAUAUGCAGCCCCAGGCCCCAGCACCAGCACCAUAACCAUCUGAAACUGACUCACCACGACGCUAUCUUUCUUCAGGAUACUGAGAACUCAGCACCUGGACUCUAUAGUAGGGCCCAUUUUCCCCACCUGGGUCCAGUGGCAUGGACAAUGAGAGGCAGGCUUUUAGCUGUAGCAUUAAUUUAUUUAUUCAGAAUAAAUUGGCAGCUGCUAGUGGUUUCCCUGGAAGUGGCAGCAGCAGUGGGCACUUAGCGGAAGGGUGAUCGAUUGAGUUUAGUUGGAGUGGGGAGCAGGGGCCCCAGGGGCAGGGGUGUUGGCUGAGCCCCAUUCGGGGUCAGGCCCUCCCCCUUUGCAGGGCAGCCGAGGGUCAGAUUUUUGCACCAGGGAGAAUUGACAGGUUCCUGCCUCCUGACGUACCUCACACCCCGCGGGGAAGUCGAUGGGAUGCUGAGACCUGGGGAAGCAAAGCAUGGGAAAGGAGUCAGCAUGGUGAAGGCCCCCUUUAUCCCUGCCCUGCUUUCCUUCUCUGCCAGCAUUCUUCCCAUGUCUUUAGUGCCCUCUUGUUCCCUGUGACUAAGCCCUGGCCUGCCAUAUAUGGAUUUUUUCGUUUCAUAGCAGAAAUAUUUUCUCUCCAGACCGCCCCCUACAUCCCUCACUUCGUAGCCUGCAGCCUUCUCUCUUUCUCUCACUCUUGUUGGUACCUUCAGGUUCAGCCAGCCUCAUACCUCUAUUCUGUUCAUUUUCCCACCACAACAGUCUGGUUAUACCCUGGCAGUCUGUGGUCACUCACGUGUCACAGCAGCCCACACCGACGGGAUGCAGACAGGUACAAUGGAAACAGUCCUUGCGGAGCCAAGACUCACCGAGGCUAAAAUAUUUCCCUUCAUAGUGGCAGGGGGCUAGGGAAGAACAGGAGAUGUUAGUGUGUGUGGGAGUGGUAGUGGCAGACAAAAAUCACUUGUGGUCUGCAGUGGGAGAAAGUAAGUACACAUCACCUCCAUAUUUAGUCUCUCCAAUUUCCGAGCUGGAGGGAGUCUGGGUUUUCUGUUAGAGGGUCAUCUCUAAGCCCCCCUCAUCCCAACUCCCUCUGUCCUCGGCCUUUCCAAAUACCUCCCCCAGCUUUACCUUGAGCUUGAAAGUAGCACUUGCUGUGGACUCCUGGCUGCUGGAGGAGCAGAGAUAUCACCAAGCAGAUGAUCCCCCAGCUUCCCAGGACUCCCUUUGCCUGUCCAGACCAGAGCAUCAUUAGGGUCAUUCCUGCAGCACAGCCCUCUCGAUCCCUUCUUGGCCUCUGUUCCAGACUACUCUGGUCUUGUCUCUUUGGCUUUUCUUUGUUUUUCUCCUUGAGUCUUAGUUUCUGUCUUUCUCCCCUGGGCUCCUGUCUCACACCAUCUCCUUGCCCUCUGCUCUCACAGGCUUGGGAUGUUUAUAAAGUGAGGACCCUGGCCCCCUGCUGAGCAGAGCUGGAAAAGCUGUAACUCUGUUUCCUGAGGUGAGGGCAUGAAAACAAGAGGUCUAGCUUUAACAAGCUGUGAGAGCUGAUUCAUGCCCCGGCACAGCGAGGGGGAGGGAGGUGGCCAUGGAAGGGGCACUGACUGGGCACUUCCCCAGCAAGGAGGUGGGAGGGGUAAGGGCCCCCAGGUGGUCCCCACAUCUCUUCCCUGACCUGGAGAGGAGGAAGCAUUCCCCCCCACCCCCAACACACACAUACACACCAGGGGUGUGUGUGCUGGGAUCCUUGCCUGGACCGGAGGGAGGCAUUUCCUGGGGAUGGCUAAUCCUGCGCUCCAGCCAAACCCAGGAGCUGCAGUAGGGUGCGACAGCCAGAGGCUCCAGGAGAGCGAACCGACACCUGGAGUGGGGAAUGUUUCUCUCAGACCCUAGGGCAGAGUCUCCCUGAAGUAUGCUAGAGUUGUGGGUGCUCCUCCGAGAUGAGGAGGUGGGUGUCUCUUUUGCACAAGCCUACUGGGGAUGCGCUUUCCAUUGCUCGGUACCCCCAAACAUACGGCACAUGCAAGAUCUUCCCUUAUCUGGGGACAGUUCUUUUAAAGAGGGACAUCUCUAAAUACUCUACUGGUAUGAGUCACUCCGGUUUCACAGAGGUGCCCCCGUUUCCUCUAAGAACGAGAAUUGAGGAGUCCUCGAUGUCCUCUUUUGGGUUUCCUGCAGGCUCUGGAGAACCCCAAGAUGGGUGAUUAAGACUGUAGGUUAUAGAGUCAGACUACUUGGAUUCAGAUCCUGAUUCCACUUAAGAGCUGUGUGACCUUGGGCAAGCUACUUCAACUCUCUAGGCCCUUUUCCUUAUCUUUAAAUUGGGAUAGUAAUACUAACUCAGGGUUGUUGUGAGGCUUUAAAUGAGAUGAUGCGUGUAAUGCUUUUAGCACUGUCCCUGGCACAUGAGCCUCAGGAAAUGGUAGCUGCUGUGGUUGGUGCUAAAGCUCAGAUAAAAUGGGGAGACAUUCCUUUGUUUGAAUGGUAUUGAGCAGCUCUGCACAGCUGAGGACUUCUGUCGGGGGCUGCUAUCUCCUAUCACAGACUUCUGCCCUUUGUGCAUUCAUGCUCCAUGUCACCCUUACUACCUCUGGUUUGAGAAAAAAGUGUUGGGGGUAAACCCACUUUUCCUAGGUCAGUCAGUACCCUCACUUCUGCCCUGGGAGAAGGUGUCAGUUUCUCAUCCUUCCAGGUAACAUCGGGACCCCUGCUUUUCUCAUUAGGAUUUUGAUCCAUUUCUUCCCAUCCCCGCUCAUGUGAACUCUCAAGUUCUCCUAUUUGACCACUCUAAUGCCAGCCAUCUCUUUGGUACUAAUGACACCUUUCUUUCGCUUUGCCAUACUGCAAAGACCUUUUUCUAGCUGUUCCUUUCCUGUCUGGAGGGCCACUUUGACCUUCUGUUUUUCCUUCUAAGUCUCCAGUCCAUUUUACUGCAAGAGUCUCAUUCCCUGCCACCCAGUGGAUCAGAUACAACUACUUCUGGCUGACCUUUUUAGAGGGCCACCCUGCCUCUCUCCUCUUCAUUCAGAAACAACUUCGUCUGUCCACCUCAGACUCCCUAUCUGUCCUCUUCCAAGUAAUGGCUUAAGUGGAUGGAGAUGCCAACUAUAUGUACCACAUGUUCACCCUAGUCAGGUCUGAUACCUUUUCUAUUUCAGAGGAGUGCCAAGAGAAAAAAGAAAAUUCAUGGUUGAAGCUGGGUGCCUUGAUGUAGGCUGGUGUGUGGGAAACAUGACCCUGGACUGCUCUCUUGGCUGGAGCAGGUGGAUUAGGAGUCCUUUCUAGCACAAGGGCCCAGAAAUCUUGUCAGUGGUCAGUAGCUCUGCCGCUACCUUUCUGGGGAAGGGGGGCCCUGCUGAUACCCUGGAAAUCUGGGGCACAGCCUUUUGCUCCUGCAACCUGGAGCCGACCCAGUAGGGGGCAGACACGACUGGGGAGCUAGGAAGCUUGAAGGUGGUGAUGAUGCCGGCAGGCAAAGGGGGCCCAGUAGGGAUUGGUGUGUGUGUGAGGUAAUGGGGACAGAAGUGGGGGCCACCUAUAAUGAAGAGGAGGUAGGCAUAUGGGCAGGAGUAGGGGGCUUCUUUCUAGAAAGAAAGCCGGGGGCUGAGUCGGGAUCCUUCUCACAGAAUUUGGGGGAGGGGGGCGUGUCGGAGAGGUGUUGGUUGAAUCCACUUGCAUUCCUUUUGGUGUGCACGUUCUUGUGUGCGUCUCUAUAGCUGCUUGGGCCCCGAGGCCACGCUUGUGGUUGCUGUGUGUAUGCUUAUGUGUAGAAGAGGUCAGUGGUUAGGGCCCAACUCUGAUUCCUGGGGCCGCGGCCGUUGGGAAUGCCAGUUGCGGAGGGGGGGGGGGGGGGGGGGCGCGGCCAGUAGGGGGUGAUUGGCGCGCGCGCGCUGGGACAGAAAAAACAUCCGCCGGAGGCCCGGCCGGGCGGCGCUCCAGCAGUGCCCAGCAGGCAGGUGCGCGAGGCGAGGAAGUGAGCGCAUUCCGGCCCCCCGGCCGCCGGCCCUCCGGUGAGUCACCGCCGACCCCUGCGGCCCGCUGCCGGAUAGGAGGGACCGGCCGCAGAGGGGAGAUUUGGGUGGCCGGAGCCCCUGAGGGUGGUGGUGGGGGGAACCCCUUCAGGGUUACCGUAGCGCUGGGGAGAGUAAAGGGAGGAAGGGUCCUGUGGGGUCGAGGUCCUGGUUUCACCCCAGGCGCGAAACCCCUAAUAGACACUGAAUACAGAGCCCGUGACUGAAUGGAGGCAGGCAGGGAGCCUCCCUUGGGAGAAUCUUGGGGCAGGGAGAAGGCCCCAGAGAGCUCGUGUGGGAAGGGAAAGGGGCCCUGGGCAAAACAGCAAGUGGGUGAGACUGUCUGGGGAGGGGAGGAGUGUGGGGCUGUGGAGUGAGAGCACGGUGGACUGGAGUGCUGGAGGAUCACAGCGCCAGUGUAGGCCUUGGCGAGCCACAGCCUGUAGAUGAAAGGAGACUUCGUAUCAGGUAGGAAGGUGGAAAUGGCCAGACCCCAGACAUAAGGUCUGCCCAGAGGCCUGUGUGCUCGGAGAGUGGAAGGUAGGUUUAGGGGGUGGUGGGACUUAAGGUUAGGUAGGUACCCUGUAGCCAAGUCAUUAAAGGCUUUGAAUGCUGGGGUGAGGAAUUUGGAUUUGGCCUUGCAGGUGGCAAUGACGGCCUCUGAGCAAGAAGAGUAGUGACUGACUUAAAGGCAAGGUUAUCUGUGUGUAACAUUACUGCCUCCCAUUCCGUCUUUGCUGAAGAAUUAGGCAUGGAUAUGCUAAUUUUUAUAGUCAUUUAACACUGUGUAACUGCAUUUAUCAAACGAUUAAGUGUUGGAUUUUUAAAAAUAGUAAAGUUGAAAAAUCUGAUUCAAUAUUUGAUUUAAAACCCAAAGUUGAGGCUAUCAGGAUUAGUUACAUGGCAUUAUCGUGCUUUUGUGCCCCUUUUUCUCGCAGUGACCUGAGUGAAUUCUGUUUCUAGUGCCUCAGUUUUGUAUCAGCACAAUCCUUCUAGUUUUCCCCUCCUUCAUCUUAUGGUCUUUAUUUUUAACCUUAACUUUCUUCUGUGCAGCCAUUUAAACUGCCCUAUAACCCAAACCAAGUAAAACAUUUCUUGGAGUGGGCACUGGGCUACAGUAUACAAAUAACCCAGCUUUACAUAUGUAUUAUAUUAUUAUCUUCUGUGCACAUGUAUGUAACUGUGGAGUUUCUGUGUUUAGCCUGUGGCUGAUAAAAAGAGAGAGAAAGCUAAAUCUGUUUUAUUCACAGUAGUAUUUAUAUAACAGUACUUAUUAGUCUGAUUUCUAAAAUCAACUCUAUGAUGGUAUUUGUCUCAGAAACUGAUGCUCAUUCUAUCAUAUCAUGAUCUUUAUUUUAUCUUGGGCUGAAGGCAAUUCCAAGAAUUAGGAUUUUAAUAAUUUAUUUUAAAGAUCUUUAAAUCCUACAGUUGCCUUUGGCCCCAAACAAGAAAAUCUGGGUCAGUUAAUUUAAAAAAAAGAAAAUGAUUUACUAUAUUGGGCCCUGCUGCUUUCUCCUGUGCUGUUUCAGUCCCAGCCCUACCUUAUUCCCAGUGGCUUUUGCCUUCAUUCCUUCUUUGCUCUGCGGGGCAUCUUUAGAGGAAAACUUCACACCAACUUCCUCUACCAUAAAUUCUCUCCCUUCCUUCAAUUCUACACUUCUCUUUGCCAAUGUACACCACUACUUCUUCAUUGAUUUUUUUUUUUUUUUUAAACCUACAGCCCUUUCUGGCUCUUUUCCAUCUUUAA